AUGAUUAAAUAUGAUUCGAAUCGACAUUAUGUACAUUUAAAUAAUUGUUUUCAAUUAUCAUUAACACUUCAACGUGAACAAAAUAUGAUUUUAAUGUUAUAUCAUUUAAGAUUACGUAUUAAAAAACAUUUAUCAUAUAAAUUUCGUCUUGAAUUUUUUGUUCGUGCUAAUUUCUCAACACGUUUACUUAAAAUGAGUGAUAUAGUUGAUCCAAUUGAUGAAUAUAUAUUUGAUCCAUUUACAAGUAAAGAAUUAAGUGAUUGUACACAACAAUAUAAUUCUAGUCCAUGUUUGGUUUUUUUUGCACGUAUUGUACUUUAUGGACAAGAAAGUAAUUCAAAAUUAUGUUUAAAUAUAUUAGAUGAAAAUUUAUUUUUAAAUAAUUCUAAAACAAAUACAUCAUUAACAAACGAAUUAUUUCACACAGGAAAAUUUUCUGAUAUUAAAAUUAAAGUUGGUACUAAAGAAUUUAAUGUUCAUCGUUGUAUACUUGCAAUAUCAAGUGAAGUAUUUGAACGUAUGUUUUUAUCUGAUAUGAUUGAAACACGUUCAAAUAUUAUUGAAAUAAAUGAUAUAUCAGAUGAUAUAUGUGAAGAAAUGCUUCGUUUUAUUUAUUGUAAUGAAAUAAAACAUUUAGAUAUAAAUGCAUUAGAUCUUUUAUAUGCAGCCGACAAAUAUGCUAUUGAAAAUUUAAAAAUAUUAUGUAUACAAUCAUUAAUCAAUACAUUUACAUUUGAAACAGCAGCUGAAAUGCUCAUUAGAGCAAAUAUUUAUAAUUCAAAAUUGCUCAAAGACAAUUUACUUGUAUUUAUCAAAACAUAUAGUAGAGAAGUAUUUGCAACAGAACAAUGGAAACAAUUAGAACGAACACAGUAA